AUGGCAGCCAACCACAGCCCCAGCCUGAGAGAACGCUGCACUGUCUCCCUGCGCGUCUGUACAGACGUCGACCCGUGCGCCACCCGAUCCAAGCUCACCGCCGACCUCGUCUCCACGGCGGGCCGCACUCCACCCGCGUCCCCGAUGUGCGUCGCACUGAACCGCCGCAGCUGUGUGCCUCCGCCGCUGCCGCCUCCGCCGCGCGCAACCGAGAGUGGCCCCUCCGCAUCUGAAUCGACGUCCUCCGGGCCGUCCGCGCGGCAGUUCAUUCCGCACCUGCACACCCUCUGCGCCUUCGACCAGCCGCACGCGUUUGCCACGGACAGCGCGGCGCUGCCUGCGGGCAACUGGACGCACGCCGUGCGCAUCCUGCGCGCGUCGAAGGCGCACCUGCCCGGCAGCCUGCGCAUCUCCGACCUCGGCCCGGCGCAGGUCCUGGACCUGUUCGAGCGCCCGCGCAACAUCGACGCGCGGGCGCGCGACGGCGGCCUGCCGCUGCGGCGCGAGCAUCUGCUGCUGGCGCGCGAUUUCCUGGCGCUGGCGCUGCCGUACUACUCGACCACCGUCUCGCUCUCGGACGACGGGGACGACGUCGAUCUGGGCGACGCUUACCCCUUUGAGCAGCUGGGGCUGCCGCCGGUGUAUGAGUCCCGCACGGAUCCGGUCCGCGUGCUGCUUGCGGGUCCGGUGCGCGCGGUGCUGGCGAUUGCCCUGGUGUACACCGCCUAUGCCUCGGGGAGGAAGCUGCGGUAUGUCAUGGAUUGUGUGGGGGACGAGGGCGACGACGCAGAUGUCUGCGCGGUCCUCGGUCCUGACUCGAGGAUGGGGCUUACAGACCAGGCAUUGGACGAGCUUCAAGCCAUCGUGAAUAGUCUGUAA